GAACUGCGCAGAGAGUUCAGCUCAGUCGAAUCAGGAGCAAGAAGAGGGCAGAAAGCGGAGAGAACGGUCUCGGUUUUAUUAUGCUCAAUUUGAUCAGUAUUUGCCAAUCUAACCGGUCGGACUGAUGGUGAAGAGAAAGAAGACGUCGCCUACUAGCGAAGAACACGAAAAUGGCAUGACACUGGGCUCCAGGGAGGGGAUCGGUGUCGAUGGGAGGAGGAAUCCGUCCAGAAAGCCCGAGGGUUGCGACGAAGAGGAGAGCGGAGAGCAGGCGAGCGAGGAGCGCAGUACAAAGGGAGACGACGGAGUGGAAAUUCUUAAUCCAUCAACCACGGAUCUGAGCCCCGGUUCAGCUCCGGUUCUCCCCGCCUCUCCGCCGAACCAAACCGGGCUUGGCUCAAACCAGCAUUCCCAGACCUCAGCGGAGCCCGCCCCUCCGUGUCAAGACCAGCAUCAUUUUCUCCGAUCAAGCGUUCGACCUCCGAGCAAACGCAUCCGGAAGGAUUCAAUCGGCUCGACCAUUAAUGGGCAUGGCGGGGCAAAAUCGAAAGGGGUAGAGAAUGGCUCGUCCUCUCAGGGGACAGUGGGACAGUCAGGGCCUGUGUCAGGCUCCACGGGGGGAGUGUCGAAGGCCUCCAAGGGCCAAGGGUCUGCUGAGAAGGAGGAGCAAUCUGGUAACCAGAAGAGGGCCCGUCGGCAGUGGGAAUCUUGGAGCACAGAGGACAAAAACAGCUUUUUUGAGGGGCUCUACGAGCAUGGGAAGGAUUUUGAGGCUAUCCAGAACAACAUUGCAAUGAAGUAUAAGAAAAGAGGCAAGCCAGCCAACAUGGUGAAGAACAAGGAGCAGGUUCGCCACUUUUACUACCGGACCUGGCACAAGAUCUCUAAACACAUUGACUUUGCCAAUGUGUACUCCAGAGUGCUGAAGAAAUCCUCUCAAGAACUGUACGGCCUUAUCUGCUAUGCCGAGCUCCGCAAAAAAGUUGGAGGGCUAAUGGAUGAUAAGAAUGUGGCAAAGCUGAAUGAACUAAUCCAGCAAGGAGCCACCACCGUGCGCUCCAAAGGGAGGAACUUGCGGAUCAAAGCACCCAUGUGCCGAGCACUGAAGAAACUUUGUGAUCCAGAUGGAGUGAGUGACGAGGAGGACCAGAAGCCGGUGCGUCUACCCCUGAAGGUGGCAGUGGAGCUCCAACCACGCAGUAACCAGUCCUGGGCCCGCGUUCAGAGUCUAGCCCACAACCCUCGCCUCAGGAUGGUGGUGGAGCUCCACAGGAAAGUCUCCAGCCUCAUUGAGUAUCUGAAACAGAAGUGGGCGUACCAUGACCAGCGGAUUCUUAAGAGUCUUAUGGAGAGGGAGGCUCUGGAGGGUGGCCAGUCCAACACAGCGUCUCCCAGCAAAUCCCAGCAGGAUGAGCUCUUUCUUUUCCCCGCCGAAAGCAGUACUUUGACCACACUUCCUGGUGUGGCACGUGUCGUUCACUCCAAGGCCUCCUGCACUGUACACUGGCUAGAAAGUGGCAAGAACCGGCCUAAUGCCAAGGAACUCCCAGCUGCUCAGAUUCUGGGUAUUCACACAGCUCCACCACUUCGGACUAGCACUAAAUCUGGACGGGGAGGCACAGCUGCUGCUGGAGGUGCUGGCUCUUCAGUGACUGUAUUGGGUGAUAGUAGACGAACUGAGCCCCUUAAUCCUGAGCCUUCACAAGACUGUUCUACAAAGGUAGAGGAGAAGAGACCUCAGUCUGUUUCUGUCCCUGCCUCCUCACAACAGACUGUGGCUCCUAGGGAAGAGGGAAUUGGGAUAGGGCCCUUUGAAGGGGGAACAACCGGUAGUGGUGUGGAGGCCAGUAGUGGUUUAGCAGUGACCAAAAGCAUGGACAACUUGUGUAGUGGUACAGAAAGCUCAUCUGAGCAGUGCAAAGAGGAGCUGAACACCAUCACCUCUUCCCCAGAGGGCAACCAGACUCCCCCAGCCAAACCUUCAGUGACUGGCUCAGAGGAGGGAAUGUUGCAGGGAUCUGCACCAGCAGCCAAAGAACGAGCUGUUGAGCAGAUCAGAGGGGAGGGCUGGAGCGCCCGUGACGCAGAGAACGUCACCCUGGCUGAGCUCUACCUGAUGUUUGGGAAGCCUGGCAAACUGCAGCUGGAGUAUGAGUGGCAGCCCAUUGCAGCUCCUUUCAACAACCAAGAAAACGGACAAGCCUCGUCACAGCUCAAGCCCAACAGGACACACCGCGUUUUGCGCUGCCUGCUCAAGCUGGUUGCCACCGAGGUCAAUCCUAAACCUUUGGCUCCAGAGCUGUGCUCCACAGCUACAUCACCACUUAAGACCCAUCAAGAGGAGCAAAACCAGGCCCUCACACCUCCAGGGAAGGGUCCCAUAGCAGGUGUUCGCAGCCCCAGCUUUGGCCGGCAGCAGGGGUCUAUCCGAGGGGCCCGGUUACACCUGCCAAAUGCUGGAGUCUCAGGUGGACGCAACCUGCCCCGCUCUCUGCUGGGGUCGACGGCGGGCAGCGACGGAGAAAGCGGUGUGUUUGCAGUACCCACCACACUGCCCCCCAACAGCUCACGGCACAACAGAAUGUUUUCCCCCAAUAAGGAAGCUGAGCUAGCCCUCAAACAGCAGCUCGACUCUAUCAGUCAGUCAGAUCUUUUUUCAAGACAGAGAAAACCUCGAAACCGACAACUUCGGAAACCACUUGUAGUUCAGCGAACACUCCUACCCCGAACUACAGGAGAUACUCCUCAGCAUGUCUGCUCCUUCUCUAUCCUCUCCAACUCCUCUGCCACAGGAACUGGAUCUUUCCGGCCAAUCCACACUCGCCUGGCUCCUUCCUCCCGCCCCCUCCUGUCCAAAGCUUCCACUGCAGCGUCUAGCUCUGCAGCGGCCAGCCAGCUCUCAAGUGCCAUUGACCUGGCAGCGAAGUCUGCAGGUAUCAUCCCUGGCAGUCCCUGUCGGGAGCUAAAUUCUCCCGCUGUUGAUAACCGUACCCUGCUCGCCACCACACCCAUUGUUGAUGCUGAACCAGACUCUCAACUCCUCCAGCACAAUGUCCCAGAGAAUGGUCAGCCUCCAGCGUCUCCUGAAGUGAUCGGUGGUGGGGACUCUCUCCUCUCUCCACCCAGCGUAGCCUCGCUCCUGGACAUCUCUCUCCCUGGCCCCCCCGAAGAGGCUCUAGCCCCCGGAGAACCUCAGACACACAUCAGUGACUCCAUCAUCGAGCUCGCCAUCAACUCUGCCCACUAUGGCGAGGAGGCCGCUCUCUCUCCAGCCAAGCUGAGCAACAAUGACGGCUCCAAACUGUUGGCCUCGUCUCCGUCAGUCAGCCCGUCCAGAGGCUGGAUCCCUUCGCCCAGCCAUGACCCCCAGUGGUACCCCAGCGACUCAUCUGACUCCACACUGGGAUGCCUCCUGUCCAGCAUGGUCUCUCCUGAUAAGGGCAAGCGGAACACCCUAACCCCCUCUGGUCCCUCCAGCGGCACAGCUUUGCUUGGUCCUAGCCUCCUGGACUGCAACUCCCAUGAUUCCUUUCAGUCCCGUGGCAUUCCUGAUGUGGCAGAAAUGGACUCUCAGCUUGCGUGUAUGAUGAGUGAGAGCAGCGUGGACUACAUCGCUCGCUUCAAUGACCUGGCUCAGGAGCUGGCUGUGACAGAGCCCUCCAUCCCACCACCCUGAGGAAGAGGACCUGGCUCCAACGGCCAUCUGAAGGAUACGACUUUGCUUGGUCUAGACUGUCAGGUCUACUUUGGAGAAAAGACGGCUGUAGAGUAAAGG